UCGCGGGCCGGAACCGGGCGCGGGGCGCGGGAUUCGGCAGCGCAGCGCAGGCCAGAGUCACGAUGCGUGGCGGGCAGGGCGCGGCGCGAGCGCGGGUGCUCCAGUUCACCAACUGCCGCCUGCUGCGGGCCGGGGAGCUGCUCAGGGAGGACCUCUGGGUGCGCGGGGGCCGCAUUCUGGACCCUGAGAAGCUGUUCUUUGACGAGCGGCGCGUGGCCGACGAGCAGCGGGACUGCGGCGGCUGCAUCGUGGCGCCCGGCUUCAUCGACGUGCAGAUCAACGGGGGAUUCGGCGUGGACUUCUCCCAGGCCACGGAAGAUGUGGGUUCGGGGGUCGACCUGGUGGCCCGGAAGAUCCUUGCGCACGGAGUCACCUCCUUCUGCCCCACGCUGGUCACUUCGCCCCCGGAGGUGUAUCACAAGGUCCUGCCUCAGAUCCCCGUGAAGAGCGGCGGGCCCUGUGGGGCAGCAGUCCUCGGGGUGCACCUGGAGGGCCCCUUCAUCAGCCGGGAGAAGCGGGGUGCACACCCCGAGGCACAUCUGCGCUCCUUUGAGGCGCACGCCUUCCCUGAUGUGCUGGCGGCCUACGGGCCACUGGACAACGUGCGCAUCGUCACGCUGGCCCCGGAGCUGGGCCGCAGCCAUGAGGUGAUCCGGGCGCUGACCGAGCGUGGCAUCUGCGUGUCGCUAGGGCACUCAGUGGCCAACCUGCGGGUGGCCGAGGAGGCCGUGCAGAACGGGGCCACCUUCAUCACGCACCUCUUCAACGCCAUGCUGCCGUUCCACCACCGUGACCCAGGCAUCGUGGGGCUCCUGACCAGUGACCAGCUGCCCCCUGGACGCCGCAUCUUCUACGGGAUGAUCGCGGAUGGCAUCCACACCAACCCUGCUGCCCUGCGCAUCGCCCAUCGUGCCCACCCCCAGGGACUAGUGCUGGUCACGGACGCUGUCCCUGCCCUGGGCCUGGGCAAUGGCCGCCACACGCUGGGGCAGCAGGAGGUGGAGGUGGAUGGGCUGACAGCCUAUGUGGCAGGCACUACGACUCUGAGCGGCAGCAUCGCGCCUAUGGACGUGUGCGUCCGGCAUUUCCAGCAGGCCACCGGCUGCAGUGUGGAGUCGGCUCUGGAAGCCGCGUCCCUGCACCCUGCCCAGCUGCUGGGGCUGAAGCACAAAGGGACCCUGGACGUCGGGGCCGAUGCAGACUUUGUGCUGCUGGACGAUGCGCUCCACGUCAAGGCCACCUACAUUGCCGGCGAACUGGUGUGGCAGGCGGAGGCGGCCAGGCCGUGACCAGGCCGGUGAGGAGCUGGUCUCCAGGAGCACCCGG